AUCUACGUAACUUCUAAGUCCUUCCCUCUCCUCUGAUCUUCCAUCAAAUCCAUGGCCACACCCCUUAUCAUACUUGUCCCUUUGAUUUUUGGCUCCUCUUUUACAUCGUCAACAUCAGACAGCCUAAGUGAAGGCUCAUCAUUGUCAGUAGAGACAAUGGAUGAUGUUUUGACUUCCCCAAGUGGCACUUUCACAGCUGGAUUUUACUCCAUCGGCCAGAAUGCUUAUUGCUUUGCUAUCUGGUUCAGUAAACCAUUCUGCACCGAUUGUCCGGUCGUUUGGAUGGCAAAUCGUGACCAACCGGUAAAUGGCAGAGGCUCAAAGCUCUCCCUUAUCCAAUCUGGUAAUCUUGUUCUUUCAGAUGCUGGGUAUUUAAUUGUUUGGUCCUCUAAUACUGUCUCUGCGUCUUCUACAAGUUUAAAACUGGAUGACAAUGGCAAUCUCAUCCUAGGAAACUCUGAUGGUCAUGUUCUGUGGCAAAGCUUUGAUGCACCAACAGACACCCUUCUUCCUCUCCAACUGCUUACCAAGAUCACGAAGCUUGUCUCAUCAAGAAGCCAGACCAACUUCUCUUCAGGUUUCUUCAAGCUUUAUUUUGACACUGAUAAUGUCCUCCGGCUUCUGUAUGAAGAUCCUGAGGUCUCAAGCGUAUAUUGGCCAGAGCCAUAUCUCCUAAGCUGGGAAGCUGGCAGAUCCACGUACAACAACAGUAGGAUUGCAGUAUUAGACGCCUUGGGCAAUUUCAGUUCAACUGAUGAUUUCACCUUCUUGUCUGCUGAUUAUGGUCUGAAGCUCCAGAGAAGAUUGAAGAUUGAUUUUGAUGGUAAUCUUAGAUUGUACAGUCGAGCAGAGGGAGAAGAAAAUUGGCUUGUUUCAUGGGAAGCAAUGUCUGAUCCUUGCAUGAUCCAUGGAAGUUGUGGACCGAACAGUUUAUGCAGCUAUGUUCCUGCUUCUGGUAGGAAAUGCUCUUGCAUUCCAGGAUAUAAGAUGAAGGAUAACACAGAUCGGUCCCUUGGUUGUGAGCCGGAAUUCAAUCUUUCUUGUAACCAAAGUGAGGCUGGUUUCAUGAAACUCACUCAUGUUGAAUUCUAUGGAUAUGACUACGGAUUCUAUCAGAAUUAUACCCUAGACAUGUGUAAGAACUUGUGCUUGCAGAUAUGCGAUUGCAAAGGGUUCCAAUUCAAAUUCAUUACGGCCCACGGGCCUAGCGGAAUAUAUUGUUAUCCCAAGACGCAGCUACUAAAUGGGCACAGGUCGGUGAAUUUCAAUGGAGAUAUUUACUUGAAGCUGCCUAAGGUCAGUCUAGAUUACCACAGUAAUCCUGUUCCAGAUUACAAGUUAGAAUGCUCCACUCAGGUUGUUGAGCAGCUAGAAAGAAUGUACCCGAAUAGCAAUGAAAAUCCCUCUCUAAGGUUUGUCAUUUGGGCUGCCUGUGCAAUAGGAGGAAUCGAGCUUUUUAGCAUUUUGUUUGUGUGGUGUUUCUUGAUCAGAGCUCAUGACAAUUCAGCUGCAGCGCAUAAUUACAUGCUUGCUGCUUCUGGCUUCAGAAAAUUCACCUAUUCUGAGCUGAAAAAGGCGACGAAUGGUUUCAAGGAAGAGAUUGGAGGUGGUGCCGAAGGAAUUGUGUAUAAAGGCAUAUUAUCUGAUCGUAGAGUUGCAGCAAUCAAGCGACUCAUUGAUGCUAACCAAGGAGAAGCUGAAUUCCUAGCAGAAGUAAGCACCAUUGGAAAGCUUAAUCACAUGAACUUGAUAGACAUUUGGGGUUAUUGUGCAGAGGGAAAACACUGGCUCUUGGUUUACGAGUACAUGGAAAAUGGGUCUUUAGCCAAGAAUCUCUCUUCUAAAACACUGGAUUGGAAAAAGAGAUUCAAUAUUGCUGUUGGAACAGCUAAAGGCCUAGCUUAUUUACACGAAGAAUGUUUGGAAUGGGUUCUCCACUGUGACAUAAAGCCUCAGAAUAUACUCCUAGACUCCAAUUUCCAGCCAAAAGUUUCAGAUUUUGGAAUGUCUCGACUACUCAAGAGAGGUCACCUUAAGAAUUUAGGAUUCUCAAGGAUGCGUGGAACUAGAGGCUACAUGGCUCCUGAGUGGGUGCACAGUCAUCCCAUCUCCUCAAAGGUUGAUGUUUAUAGUUUUGGGAUUGUUCUGCUGGAGAUGAUAACCGGAAGGAACCCAGCAAUGGGUGUCGAGGAAACAGAUUAUGCAUCAGAAAAAGGGCAAAGAACAUUGGUUACAUGGGUGAGAGAACAGAUGAAAGGAAAUGAAGAGGGGUCAAGGUGGAUGAGGGAGAUAAUAGACCCCAUUUUGGAUGGGAAAUACGAUCCUGAUGAGAUGUUGAUCAUGAUCAGAGUAGCUCUGCAAUGUGUACAGGAAGACAAAGACGCAAGACCCACCAUGGGUCAAGUAAUUCAGAUGCUCCUCCACGAUUGAGGAAACAAUUAUCAGCAAGGGCUUUGCCAACUGCUAAAUGGUAUGUUUUCUUAGGAAGUCACAGUAAAUUUUAAACGCAAGAGGCGGGAUCAGUCUGAUUACUGAUGCUGGUCAAUCAAAUAACUCGUUGCUG